UAGCGCGUACGAGUGGGACGUAGAGUAAAAGUAAAAAUUCUCGUAAAAAUUGUGCGAAAUAUUUUUUUAAGAUAAUUCACAACAUAGUGUUCGCAAGAUAUCUACGAAUAAAUCGUUAGUUGCUUAAAUUACAAAUUUGUUUUGAAGAAAAAAAAAUUACGAGAAGUUUACACAAAUAACUUUCGCUUAUAAAAUUUUAAUUACCACUGGAUUUAAUUGUGAAAAUUACAAAUCUAAGGAAUACAAAAUGAGUUUUAGCUGCUUGAGAAAUGUGACGAGGUGUGGUAUGGUGAAAGUGUCCCCAUCGGGCGCGCUGGUUUCGAAACUCUGGGGACCUUGUGUCGCAAGGGAGGUUCAGACGAGUGCGCCAAAGGCCGCGGUGGCUCACGGCACCAAGCCGGACUGGAACCGCGCCGUCAGCGAAGCGGAGAAGAUUGUCGGAUACCCUACUUCCUUCCUCAGCCUACGAUGGGUGCUCAGCGACGAAAUAGCGAACGUUGCUCUCCAUCUUAGGAAAUUAGUUGGCAGUAACCAUCCACUACUGAAAACUGCAAAGAACUUGAUCUACAAUGGCAAGAACAACAUGCAGGCGUGGGGGUUGAUCGUGCUGUUGGUGUCAAAAGCGGCUGGCCACAGCCCCGAGAUACCCGACAUGGAACAAGACAAGGCCGCCGGUGUAUUGCACAGUCAACGCGCUCUAGCAGAGGUGACGGAGAUGAUCCGAACUUCGCACUUGGUGCACAAGGGCCUGGUGAAUAUGAACGCGCCCCAGGUCGGUCCCGGCGGUCCCGGCGGCCCCGGAGACCCAGACGACAUGAUGUUCGGUAACAAGAUCGCGCUGCUCGGCGGCGAUUACUUACUCGCUAACUCCUGCUCAGAACUCGCCAAUCUUAGGAACCAAGAGUUGGUGGAGCUGAUGUCCUCUGCGGUGCGGGACCUGGCGGAGGCGGAGUUCUUAGGGGAGCGGGAUGAGCAGAACAAUCCACUGCCAUCGCGACCACUACCAAAAGACCACAUGGAGGCACCAUUAGAGUGGGAGUGCGUGCUGCAGCCGCUGCCGAUGGGCGGUGUGGCAGGCAGCGCGCGACGCGAGUGGGCGGCGCGGCACGUAUUGGCGGCCGGGGCGCUGCUCGGCAAGAGCUGCUCAGCCACGCUCAAGCUCGCCGGACAUGCGCCCGCGCUGCAGACACAGGGUUAUCUAUUCGGCUGCCACCUAGCGCUGGCAUGGCAGGCAUUCCUGGAUCUAGAGGCGUUCUCUGGGCCGGAGCCGCGCAGCUUCUCGCUGGUAGGGGCUCCGCUAGCUUUCACACUGCAGGCGCGACCUGAACUAUACGAGCUGAUCGAGCAGGGACGCCGCAGCGUGCACGAUGUUGACUACCACAAGUUGUACGAGGCGGUGGUGGCGGGCGACGGCAUUGAGCAGACGAAGCAGCUGCAGCGCGAGCACAUCCGCGCCGCCAGCCACGUCCUCGACAGCUUCCCCAACUGCGACGCGCGCACCGCGCUCGCCAACAUCAUUGUCGCCAUGCAUCCCUGAACACACGACCACAAACACUAACCUCUAUAUGAACCACUCUUAAUCAACACUUUUAAUCGUUUAAUUGUUACUGGUAUUUUAGCACAUUUAAUACCAUAUAAAACCUUUUUGAUGUGGUGCUAAUUAAA